AUCUUCAUGUGAAUAAACAGUGAAAGGUAAGUGGAAAAGGGUAUUGGAUCGGUACAAUCCGAGAUAUCUCAUUGUAUACAGGCAAAAAAAGGGGGGGAGGUGGGUGGAACACAAGUGGGGACAGACCGGUGCGGAGACAUCCAGAAAUGACAAGAUGAAUAAGGGAGACCAAUAUGUAGAGGACUGUGAGACAUAACACAGUGAAAUGGCUGAGGGUGAUAGGUGUAGAAAGAACUAAGGAGGGGAAAGGAAAAAAAUGAUUGUAUUUAAAAGGAAUUUAAACCAUAGACUGACGGUCAGUGUGCAAGAUUCUAUAUAUUCAGUGUUACCUAAAAGUGACCAAAGUUCACUAUGCAACUUAUUGAUAUUGCUACUAUAGCUACUAUAAUGUAAUCCAGAUCAUGGAGCCAGGAACUGGAUUCACAAAGAUAUAACAUCAUUAAGCGAAGCUAUGAUGAAGUGUGAGAUAGUAUGCAGCAACCAAGGCACGCCGCCAGUGUGCAAAACCUAUUAAACAGGCUAUUCUGAAGAACAAGGAUAUAUACUAUCUACAAGAGACUCAACUAUAAACAUAAUAUAGAACCCCUAUGGGUUACCCAAGAUUUAUAUUCAAAUCUGCCUACACCGCUAACUGUAGUAGCCUAAACUGUGUGUCAAAAUCAAUAAAGGGUCCAUAGUCAAUGACAGGAAUAUUGAAUAUAUAAUGUUUUCAUUGAGGCCUCUAGGGGCCACUGUUCCCAGAUGUUGAAUCCAAAAGGCUUCACGCUGGGAUAAUAGUUUAGAUCGGUCCCGUCCACAGAGCGGUACAGGGACAUGGUCAAUCGCUAUAAGCCGUAGCAUGGGAAGACUGUGUUGUGCUGCCAGGAAAUGCUUGGCCACUAUUUUUUUUUUUCUGUGUGUGAGUCUUGAAAUUCGGUCACUCAGGGUUAAGUUUGUCUUUAACCACGUAGGAAAGUCCACACGGGCAUGUAAUCAUGUCUACUACGUGGUCUGUAGUACACGUAAUAUAGUGUUCGAUAGGUUUUCUCCUACCCGUGUGUGGAUGUGCGAAUGUUGUUCCACUUGUCAUGUGGCUGCAAGUCACGCAGCCACGGCAUUUAAAGCACCUUUUCUUCUUGAUUGAUGAUGACUUCAUAUAGCAAUGUCGAGGGUCACUCUGUACCAACAGGUCUCUUAAAUUGCGGUUUCUUCUGUAAUUUAUAAUCUAAUUGUGUUGGAAUUUAGUAGAGUAUUGUCCACUUUGAGAAUAUCCUGGUGUUUAUGUAUCUGAUGACCAUUGUACCUGUAUGAAACGUAAGUGGUAAGAAUAAUCUGUUUCAUGAUAUUCUGUCCGCUGCCACUCCUUGGGAAACGCGUUCCAAGGCUUUAUCAUUAGCUCUGGACUAGACCAGUGGCUGCUACCCUCGAUCAAUAAAUCUGUACCAGAUUUCCGGAAGUUGCCUUUCUCUGUUAUUCAAUUCACUGUUUUAUCUGAGAGCUUUCAUUAAAUGGGAAAUCGGCAAUGGCUCUUUAAAAUGUUUUGGAUGGAAACUAAAAGCCUGGAACAAUGUGUUUCUGUCUGUCUCCUUCCUGGAUAGGGUGUUCCCCAAGGUGUGAUUCUUUUUACAUACAGUAACAUCCAGAAAGCCUAUUAUAGUCUGGCCCCAUGUUGCAGUUAGUUUCACUGGUAACUAAGAAGAGUUAAUCUGGUCCACCAUUGAGUUCAAAUCAACACUGGUGUCCUUCCAGAUGAGGAAGAUCGCAUUCACAAAUCUAGUAUAUUUUACAAUGUUCUUCUUGUAAGUGGAUAGGAUAUAUUUUUGUUUGAACCACAACAUGUAUCCGUUGGCAUAAGAGGGCGCCAUGGCUGCCCCCAUCGCUGUUCCAGCAAUUUGGAGAAAGAAGUUAUCUUCAAACUUAAAAUAGUUGCAGGUUAAUGCAAUCUUAAGGAAUUCCAAAAUAACACUGAAUGUUUGUGUUUCUAUGUAUCUGCAUGUGUAUGUCAGUGUAUCUGUAUGUUUGUCAGUGUGUGUAGAUGUUUGUAUCUCUGUGCCUAUGUAUAUAUGUGCAUACAUCUCGCUAACACUAGACACAAAUACAUCCCUGCAUUCAAACACCAACACCACAUACACACACAGCUCUCUAUAAAAACACCAACAUUAUAAAUUUUGUUUAAAAACCAGCACUACAAUGGGAUUUGUACAACAGAUGGGGAUCUAACUUUUGGCCAUCCUUGAGAUACGGGGGCUCCAAAAAAUUCUUGCAACUGUGCUCGCUCUACAUUAGCUCGGCUACUGGGCCUGUGGUAUGGCAAGUGGAAGCAUAUCCACGGUGCCAGCUCCUCCACUGACUCCUCGAACCAGCCUCCACUGAUGUAAUUCACAAAUAGCUGCGUUUCUUGUCCCACGCCUUCUGAAGCUGUGAUGGGAAUCUUUCUUACCGUAGAUGUUGGCAAAAGUAUUUUCCUUGCGGGUCUGCCAGCGAGCAUCAUGGGAAAUGUCAGUGGCGAAAUAUCCCCUGUGCCAACCAUCGCUACUAAAACCUCCUCCAAAACAUCUUUUUUGGGAAUGCAUCAUCAUGAAUCACGGCAUUUUUUCAUACUGCUUACUUCCACAGGCUCUUUUACUGAACUGCAUGUGUUUAUUAAAGGGACACUCCGAGUAUUGUAACAACCUGUUAGAGUAACCAAUCCAUGUCUUCCUCCAUUCAGCCACAAACAACCAUUUCUCAAAAAUUAGCAUCCAUAUCUCUACUGAGACCUCAUCACUGAUUUCUGAAAGCCUGCUCAGCGGCAGCCAUCAACAUGGCUCUAUUAACUGAAAACCGUAAAUAGAGCUUUAUAAUGCACUUAAAGGGGCAAGGCAGGCACUAUAACCAUUUCAUCUCAUUGGCUAUGGUGCCUGGAGUCCUCUGGUGCUGUCCCUACAUUCAGUAUUAAAAAAUUAUCGACCACUUUAACACUGCUUUAGGGUUCGUAACUCCGCUUCAAUUGGAGGUGUGGCCAAGGAAGAGAUUACACACUUCCUUCUAGCCAUACAGAGUCAUACCAGCAAUGGGCACGGUGAUAGGUUGAAAGCAGUCAGCUGACAAUCUCAGCCAAUCACAGCCGCCCACGGCUUAUCAGGCUAAUACUUCCUCAUUACAACAAGCAGCACAGAGGUGAUGGAGAUGCUGGGGACUCUCGUUUAGCAUUAGAACUUUAAGAAUACUUUAACACUGAAGGGAAGGACCGUGCCUGGGGACUCGAGACAUUAUAACCACUGCAAUGAAACGAUUGUCCCGUUAAAGGAGCAGUAAUCUUAGGAAAAUAAACCUGUUAUCCUAACGUUAGAGUGUAAUACUAGCUAAAUACUAGCUAAAUAGAUUAUUGUCCACCCCACUCCGAAGUAGGCAAAUAAACAGAUUUACUCACCUUUAUUCAUCUGACACUCCGGUCCUGCCGCAGCUCCACAACUGGUUGGGAUCAUUGUUACUUGUGAUUUCGGGCACCUCAAUGUUCCCUAUUAGGAAGCACUGGUAGUUAGUGUACAUGCGCGGUAAUCCCUAUCUCCUCAGAUGCAAUCAUUCAAUGCAUCUUUAUGGGGAGUGAAUCAGUGUCUUUAUGCCGAGUAUAAAGAUGUUGAACAUAUUGCAGUACCACACCAGUAAGUCCCUCUAGUAGCUGUUUGAGUGAGACAUCACACAUGUACCUGUAGGUCACUUGAGGUGCAGCAAGCCAUGCUAUAUUUUUGUUUUGUUUUUGCAGGGGGGGUUUAUUGUCACGGAUUUAAAUAGCAAUGUGAUCUCUCCCAGUUAUAGCCCCCCUCCUCAAUCUACAUUUAAUCUUUCAAGAUCUGCAAUGUAUCAUAUGGUACUAAUGUCUGACUCAUACAACAGUCAUCUAGUUUAUUCCUAUCUUGAUAUAAUAUACAUUAAAAGAGUUCAACGCUGUUUUAUAGACUCAAAGUUAUCCUGAAUGUAAGACAAGGCUUGUAAAAAUAUUAUGUAUAUAUAAACAUGGUAAGUGUGUCUCGGCUCUUCUAACAUACGAUUACUUUUUCCCACACUGCUCGCCGCGACUGUGGAAUAUCACUCCUCAUGGGAGCAGCUCGUAAAAUCAGAUAUUCUGAAUAUGUAGCAUGCUAAACGCUGAUAACCAACUGCUGAUAAUAAAAAAAAAUCUUAAAAUGAUCAGCAGUAGAAUACAUUUAUAGGUCUAUGUGAAAUUCUGGGCCCAGAGUCGGCGUUCGCAAUAUAUACAAAGAGCAGCAUUCACUCUUUCUGGCCUCUGGUUCUAAACUGGGCAAACAUCACCAUGUGGGGCACAUUCUUUCAGUUCCGUGAGUGGUUGCACAGCUCCCUGCUCGUGGAUGUGUUAACGGAUGCAACCACGCUUACAUUUGAGCAUAAAUUUUUAUGUUUUCCUUCUCUCGUGUCAUAAAAGAAUGGUUUCCAGACUCCGUCAGUAAAAUCCUGAGGGAUUUCAUAAAAAAUCCCUUCCGGCCCCUCGCAGCUGAGCUUAAAUACGCCUUUCAUCUUGAAAAAAAAAAUUACCCUGGAUUGAUUUAGAGAGGUAGAAUUCAGGAGCUUUGCUGUGAUCGGAACAUAAACACCUCUCUAAGCGCCCACUCGAGCCACUUUAACCAGGCCUGCUUUAUGUACCAAUGGCUCAUUAUUGGCAGCAAUCCCAUGGGCAAGAUGUAAACAGGUUUCUCUGAAUCCAUACCGUUACCCAUCCCAUAGCUGCAGUAGACCUCUUCUGUGCAUUGUGCAAUAAGACUAAUAGCUGUUAUUUACAUUCUUAAGAAGGCAUUCCAUGUACGUCAUUCCAAAUCUCUAGAACACGUGUAAAAUAAUUUUUUAAAGACCCUUUGGGGGGGCAUGAUUUCAGACUUUAAAUAUCUUUUAACAGAUGUAUUUUCCAAACUAGAAGAUACACACAUUGCUGCAUGAAUCCACAAAUUCAUGUUAUAUAACUUUUUUCCAGCCCAUGAUCCAUCCUUUAUUUUAGCUGUAUUUUCUCCUAAUGCGAGGUGCAUUCCGUCCCUGUACCCCGCACAGGAGGAGAGAGCCUGUUUCAUGAGAAUUCAAAUUGUUACAUGUUAAAUAAAGUGACUACAGCCGAGACACCCGCUCAGAAUAUCCACCUGAUGAAGUGAUUGCAUUGCUAUGCGCAUGUCACUGCGUUCAUGGUGUGUGUUACUUUGUAUUUUUGGAAUAUGUUAUUUGCUGAUAUCCUAUUUGCAUUGCUCCCAUUUUGCGUGCAUAAUGGCUGUUUUGUUAGCGGUUGUGUGACCCUCGUGUUAGGCGAUCUGCCAUAUUUCUGGUCCUGGACUUAUUAUUCAAAUUAAAAUUUAGCACAAACAAGUUUUAACUAACGCUAAGGCAGUCUGGUGAAACACGUGAAACAACCAACAAUAAGUGCACUGUGUCUUUAAGGCUAUAAUAUGUGCCUGAAAAAUUAAAGUGCAAUAUAAUAUAUUCAAUGAUUUAAAAGCCAAAACAAAACUGUGCAACGCAAAGUGUAACACACUCAUAUAUAGACAAUAGUCACACAAAGUGCCAAAAAAACUAAUCUUGAUAAUGUGCAAUGUAAAUUGCUGCCUUAAUAUGUGCAAAAAACAACCAAGCACUCACAUUGCAAAUUUUAACCCAAUUUCCUAACUGUAUUUGAUUUUCAUCAGAAUGUUGUGUACAAGGGGGCCUAGGCUGUCCUACAGGUGUGUGCGCUAACCUCACCUUUCUGCAGAAUUUAACCAGUCUCCGAUAGCAAUCAGGAAAGCCACAAACAUGCAUUUCUUUUUGUCCUUUCCAUUUCAUCCAAGCGGUGCGAUGUAUUUGCACUGACAUAUCUCUCUCUCUCUCUCUUUUUCUCUUUUUCUCUCUUCUCUCUGUAAAAACACCACAGGUUUAGAUUAUAACUUUUGAAUCUGUUUCAUGAAAACUAAAUAUAAAAUAUCAGACUGUCACUAUGGCAACCUCAAAAAACACAGAUCAGAAAUCUUGUGACAGUGAUGUUUGCUCUCAUUUGCAUAUUUUGCAUGGGAUUCUGGGAGAGGAAGCAUUCUUUCAGUAAAGCAGAGUAUGCAAUGUUUAAAGGUGAGCUCUGAAAAAAUGAAACGUAGAAAUCCACACCUCUGUAUUUACUGUCAUUCUGGAGCGAAGUGCCUCCAUCUUAGCUCCCUGCCAAUCAUGGUUAUAAGCUCCGCCCUUUGCACCUGUCAAUCAUCAUAGAGAGAAGAGUUCAAAUGAAAAAGUGUUCCGCACUGUGUGUGUGCCCUGACUGUGCCAAGACUGAACUGGAUUGUGAUGUCAUCUCCUAAAUCUCAUCCCAAGAGAAAAACGUUAAACAAGUUAUAGGUGAUUUCAUGGUAUUAUCUCACAAUCUGUGUAUGUUACAAACCAGACACAAAUGACCAGAUGUAAGACUCUCAAGCAAAAUAGUCAGGAAGUAUGAAACUGGGAAAUAUUUUUCAGUAGUACUGAAAGCUCUCCUUAUAUUACACCGCAUGUCGAUCCAACCACUUAUGGUUUUAUGCAGAACAUAAACAGAGCAAGUCCUGGUUUUAAACACUAGGAAUCUGACCGCUCAGAGGCAUUGAUAGGAAAUUGCGAAAAAAUAACUAACGAGGACCAAUAUGCGGUCAGUGCUGAUAGGCAAGGCACCGUCACAGAAUCACGUCUUCUUUUUUCCAAAAUGUGGAAUUGACUUCAGAUGUUUAAGGGGUGCACUACUCGGAUUCGAAGUGUAGGACCCCCCACUAACUCACUGAGGAGUGUAACCACUUGGGUCUGUUACAGACACGCUAGCAAUGUGUGAGCCAUCCCGGUGAGAUCAGACAAGGGGCUGGAUCCAUGGAAGGAAGGGUGGAGAGGAUCAAAUGCGGAGUGUGGAAGCCAGCUGUCUGAAAUACAGAGAUCAUCCAACGUGUGCGCAGACGACCACAGAGGAUUAUUUAGGAGGAAGCGAGCAGCAUCAGGUAUGGGGUACCACAGGUGUCCUGAGGCUCCUGAUAUAAAAUGUCAUCAAGUGUGACUUGCCCUCACCCUCCUCGAGGGGCAAUGUAAGGCGCACACUGUGUGUGGCUAACGUGUGAAGUAUCCUUUGCAGUGAUUAAACAUGUGGGGGUUAAGGAUGUUAGGCUUUGUAGUCACAAACUAUACAAUGAGAUCUGUAUAUAUACAGUAGAGAGAUGAGGGUGUCCUGAUGUCUCUGUUAGGGGUAGGUGAGAUGAGGGUGUCCUGAUGUCUCUGUGUUGGGGGUAGGUGAGAUGAGGGUGUCCUGAUGUCUCUGUGUUGGGGGUAGGUGAGAUGAGGGUGUCCUGAUGUCUCUGUGUUUGGGGUAGGUGAGAUGAGAGUGUCCUGAUGUCUCUGUGUUGGUGGUAGGUGAGAUGAGGGUGUCCUGAUGUCUCUGUGUUAGGGGUAGGUGAGAUGAGGGUGUCCUGAUGUCUCUGUGUUGGGGGUAAGUGAGGGUGUCAUGAUGUCUCUGUGUUGGGGGUAAGUGAGGGUGUCCUGAUGUCUCUGUGUUAGGGGUAGGUGAGAUGAGGGUGUCCUGAUGUCUCUGUGUUAGGGGUAGGUGAGAUGAGGGUGUCCUGAUGUCUCUGUGUUUGGGGUAGGUGAGAUGAGGGUGUCCUGAUGUCUCUGUGUUAGGGGUAGGUGAGAUGAGGGUGUCCUGAUGUCUCUGUGUUGGGGGUAAGUGAGGGUGUCAUGAUGUCUCUGUGUUGGGGGUAAGUGAGGGUGUCCUGAUGUCUCUGUGUUAGGGGUAGGUGAGAUGAGGGUGUCCUGAUGUCUCUGUGUUAGGGGUAGGUGAGAUGAGGGUGUCCUGAUGUCUCUGUGUUAGGGGUAGGUGAGAUGAGGGUGUCCUGAUGUCUCUGUGUUUGGGGUAGGUGAGAUGAGGGUGUCCUGAUGUCUCUGUGUUAGGGGUAGGUGAGAUGAAGGUGUCCUGAUGUCUCUGUGUUGGGGGUAGGUGAGAUGAGGGUGUCCUGAUGUCUGUGUUUAGGGUAAGUGAGAUGAGGGUGUCCUGAUGUCUCUGUGUUAGGGGUAGGUGAGAUGAGGGUGUCCUGAUGUCUCUGUGUUAGGGGUAGGUGAGAUGAGGGUGUCCUGAUGUCUGUGUGUUGGGGGUAAGUGAGAUGAGGGUGUCCUGAUGUCUCUGUGUUUGGGGUAGGUGAGAUGAGGGUGUCCUGAUGUCUGUGUUGGGGGUAGGUGAGAUGAGGGUGUCCUGAUGUCUCUGUGUUUGGGGGUAGGUGAGAUGAGGGUGUCCUGACAUCUGUUUAUAAAGAGGAGGUUUCAGAUACUGUAUCUGUUUAAGGUGAAGAAUAAAGGUCUGUAUAAUGAAUUCCCUGUAUAAGGACGAGGUAAGAGGAAUUACGUAUUUGUAUUAGCAGAGUUGAGGGGUGGGUGAUGUCUCUGUAUAAAGAGUAGGUGAGAGAGGGGCUGUAUCUUUGUAUAUGGAGGGGGUAAGGGAGGUGUAAUGUCUCUGUAUAAGGAGGCGGUGAGGGAAGGGUGGUAUCUCUGUGUAAGGAUGGGGUGAUAUCUCUGUAUUAAAAGAUGGUGAGGAAAGUGGGUCUCUGUAUAAGGAGGGAGUGAAGGAGGGUGGUGUCUGUGUAUAAGGAGAGAGUGAGGGAAGGGUGGUGUCUCUGUAUAAGUAGGCGGUGAGGGAAUGGUGGUAUCUCUGUAUAAGGAGGCGGUGAGGGAAGGGUGGUAUCUCUGUAUAAGGAGGGGGUGUCUCUGUAUAAGGAGGGGGUGAGGGAAGGGUGGUGUCUCUGUAUAUGGAGGGGGUGAGGGAAGGGUGGUAUCUCUAUAUAAGGAGGGGGUGUCUCUGUAUAAGGAGGCGGUGAGGGAAGGGUGGUGUCUCUGUAUAAGGAGGUGGUGAGGGAAGGGUGGUGUCUCUGUAUAAGGAGGCGGUGAGGGAAUGGUGGUGUCUCUGUAUAAGGAGGAGGUGUCUCUGUAUAAGGAGGCGGUGAGGGAAGGGUGGUAUCUCUGUAUAAGGAGGGGGUGAGGGAAGGGUGGUGUCUCUGUAUAAGGAGGGGGUGAGGGAAGGGUGGUGUCUCUGUAUAAGGAGGUGGUGUCUCUGUAUAUGGAGGGGGUGAGGGAAGGGUGGUGUCUGUGUAUAAGGAGUGAGUGAGGGAAGGGUGGUGUCUCUGUAUAAGGAGGCGGUGAGGGAAUGGUGGUGUCUCUGUAUAAGGAGGUGGUGUCUCUGUAUAUGGAGGGGGUGAGGGAAGGGUGAUAUCUCUAUAUAAGGAGGGGUGUCUGUAUAAGGAGGGGGUUUAGGGAAGGGUGGUGUCUCUGUAUAGGGUGGUGUCUCUGUAUAAGGAGGCGGUGAGGGAAUGGUGGUGUCUCUGUAUAAGGAGGUGGUGUCUCUGUAUAUGGAGGGGGUGAGGGAAGGGUGAUAUCUCUAUAUAAGGAGGGGUGUCUGUAUAAGGAGGGGGUUUAGGGAAGGGUGGUGUCUCUGUAUAGGGUGGUGUCUCUGUAUAAGGAGGGGGUGAGGGAAGGGUGGUGUCUCUGUAUAUGGAGGGGGUGUCUCUGUAUAUGGAGGAGGUGUCUGUUUAGUGAGAAGUGUUGUUACAAUAUUGCAUCCAACAUUCCACUCACACGUGACUCACACUGAAGACAGAUUUUGUUUUUUAAUUCACUCUCACUUUUCCUGCUGAUUCUCGGUGAACACGUGACUUGCUGGCCCAGAUGGGGAUGGGAAUGGCUCUGAGACAGGCCCCUGUAAUACUCAUUAACCCCACACUGACCACCCCAGUCCAUCCCACUCCUAUCAUGCCCACACUAGAAGGAACUGUUCGAAGAUGUUUAGAAUUUACCCGUUUCAUCCUGGCCAUCAAAUUCUGAAAAGGGUCUAACAUUCCUUAAAAAAACACCCAUGACAAGAACACUAAGGCGUUAGGAAUACAAACCUGUAUUUAGUGCCCCUGCCCCUAAUAAUACAGCCCCCCAUGUUUCCACCUUCCUUUAUCUCUCGCUGAGGCUCCUUCCAACGCUACUUACCUAUUGACAUCAUGCAGACGUGGUUACCCCAACCCAAUUCUCCGAGAGGUGUGGACCGCGUGCGAUACACAGACACAAUCCACCCUGAAUCUGAACUCACCAGGGAAUUACUAAAGCAAAAAUACUUAGCUGACAAAAAUGACCUGCAUCGGAAUGCUUUCUUCCCCAAUUUGUCUAUUUUGGCUCAAAAUAUCAGAUUCCCCGGUCCAGGGGUAGGCAACCUUUGGCACUCCAGAUGUUGUAGACAAUAUCACCCAUAAUGCUCUUACAGCCGUCAAGCCGGCAAAGCAUCAGGGGAGAUGUAGUCCACAACAUCUGGAGUCCCGAAGGGUGCCAUCCCCUGCUGAGUGGUCAGUUCUUGAAAAAUGUAAUGCACCUACAUAUUAAACAUGUUAAAAUACCGGCUUUGGCAAAAGGUGACAUUUUUCUUUCGGAUUUCGCAGGUACCAGUAUGAUGGAACGACUGUUAUGUCUGCUGCUUGUUUUUGCGCUGGGCUUUGCUGCCAAGCAGAAACGAGAGCCAAUGGAAUGGGACUACCGGUCCGAAGGUAAUAUGCGUCGGAGAAAGACGCUAAACUGGCCACAACUGCAAAACGUUAUCUUACUAGAAAUAUAUUAUAGAAAAUAAUGCAACAUAAUAAUAUAGCAUACUCGCUAAACAGGGAAUUGUACUAAUUGAAAUCAAAUUUGCAUAUUUUAGACAAAAAUAAAAAGGUGUGACUAAUGCCGAGUUGGAGAAAUUUUCCAUAUCGCCUAUUUAGCCUUGAUUUUGCCGCUCAGAUAUCAAUUUGCUACAAUACAGAGAUCAGUGAAUAUAGCUAUCUUGAACACUGCACAUUUAAAGCAAAUCUAAAACGUGUAUUGAAUAUCUUUGCAGAAGGGCUGAAUAAAUAUUGUCCUGGCUUAAUGGGACACUGUAGGCACCAAUACCACUUCAGCUCAUUGAAGUGGUCCGGGUGCAGUGUCCCUAUUGCCCUUAGCCCUGCAAUGUAAAACAUUUCAGCACUAAGACAGCCUCCACUGGUUAUCUACCAGACAGCCACUAGAGGCGUUUCCAGGAUUUUACUGGACUUUUGGUUGCCUCACAAGGGCUUUAGCCCCCCCAUUGCAUGACGUUGGAGGACGCAGAGUGCCAACUCAGUGCCGAGGGACACCGGCGCUGGAAUCAGGGGUUUUAAUCCUUUAUUGGCCGGGGCGCAAGGGAGGGGAAGUCAGAGAGAACUAUAGUGUUAGGAAUACAGGUUUGCAUUCCUAACACUCUAGCAUCCCUUUAAUGCCAGAAAAAAGGGCAUUUCUUAAUUUUUAUCUCUCAUCAGUGUAGCAGAUAAAUCCCUAACUGGUAAUUUGUACGUUUUGUGGCUGCCACCCUCAUUAGUUCCCUAUAGGAUAUAAUGUGUGUCUAAAUUUAGAAAAUAAAUAACAUUUUCUAAAUAUUUUCCAAAUUUGGGACGAAACUAAAUUAUAACAUUAACGAAACAGAGCAGUUUUCCUCCCCAUGGACAUCUCGAAUUUCAAGCAUCCAACUUAAAACAAAAUUUUAAAAAGUACAUGUAUAUUAGUAAAUAUGAAUGUUUGAUUGUUUAGGAAGACCUCCUCUCACUGUAUCUUCCCUUCUAAGCAAUUAUCAAAACAAAAAUAGCAGAUAUCGCUAUAUGUGACGUGUUAAGUGGUUAUGGAAUAAAUUAACUCAAUGAACCAGCCGGCUCCUUGACGUGUCUUCUUUUUCGACUCCUGCAGCUGAGAAGGUUAACAUGCGCGGCUGUGCCAAUCUCACCAACGUCCUGGACAACUGGAAAUUUGCCAUCCUGACCCAGUUCAGAAACUUACUUUUGUAUGACCAUCACACAGUGCUUCCAGAUUAUGGAAGGUAGGUCUCUGUCUGUCUGAAAAAUCCAGACUUGAAGGCCACAAUUUGGUGGCUUUGGACCACAAUGCUGAUGUAUUGGCUAUUGGGUUGAAAGAGCAGUUAGAACAAAACACACCAUUCAAAGGUGGCAUAAAAUAAUAAAUGAGGAGAGAAAAAAACACAGAGGAUGGGGGGUGACAGGAUAAAAGAACAGAAUUUGAGGAACAAGAAGCAAAAAAGAAACCAAAAGAAGGGGUGGGGGAGCAAGAGAUCAACUCAGAAGUCUGAGGAUAGAGAGAGUAUUAAUUCAGAUAAAACAUAGAGGAGGGAGCAUGGCGGCCAUGAGAUUAACUUUAUUUUGGGACCCAAUAAUUCUAGUCAUUUAUUGUAGGACCUAGUAGGCUCAUAUUGUGUGAUAAUAUCUAACUGGCAAGACAUGAUUGUAAGCCUCCUCCUAAAUCCAAGUCAGACAUGGCAAGCCAUGCCUCGGAGAUGUCUAAAUGCCACCGUUGUGUGCCCUAUGCUGCCUUUCACUCUUCUUGUGUUCUUCUUUCAGGAUAAAGUCUCUUUCGGAAGCCUUAGAUGAUUUAUACAAGGAGUUUAAUGCUCUUAAAGAGCGCCUGGGAGAACUCAGCACUAAGUUUGAAAGCGUAGAAGCUUUUGUGGACCAGAUGAACACUGGAAGACAGGCUCCACCAGGACCUUCCUCUCCGGUGGAAAAGCCAUACCUGGUCCCAACACUCCAGCUGAAUCCAGGAGUGUUAACAGGCCAUGAAAGGAGGAAGGUUAAGAAGACCAGGGUUGCAGUUAACCCGUCAUAAAGAGAAAAGAUACUUUUCAUUUUAUCGAUUGUAUCCCAACGCUCAACAUAUCAAACAUGUCCUCAUGACCUAUCCCAACCUCAUUACCAAAGCUCCUCUUGUGGACUCACUACAGAACUCAGAUGUUUAGGAUAUAUUAUUAAUUAGCACUUUUUGACCUGGCGAUAAAAUGCAGUGCUCACCUGGCAAAGGAAGGUUAAGGGCUGGUUUGUGUUAAAAUCAAUGAGCCACCGUGGCCUUCUCCCAGAUUCAAGUCCAGAGGAGAAGAUCUUAAAGCUUCCUUCCUCACACGAUGAGUGCACGUCUUUCCCAUAUUCACCGACUUAAUAUCUGUGUAUAACUAGCAUUCCAAAAACCAAUCAAUGCUCUUUACUUGACAUGUGCCUGUCCCAUCAGUUGGCCAUAUUGUGUCAUCUGCAAAAACAUUGUUCAUUCUCCAGUAGAAUAUGAGAAGCCUUCAUAUACAAUCUGAAUUUUGUUUAAUCCAGUGAUUUCAAAAAAUGUUAAUAAUACAUUUCAGCCUGCUCCUAUAGGUUUAGACUUUCCUCUCUUCCAGACCGUCCCAAAUUCCAAAUAUUACCCACAUGAACAUAAUGUCCUCUUCCAGAUUAUUUGUUCACUGAGAUCUUUUUACCCGAUUGCAUUACCGAGAGACAAAAGGGAGAGAAUGGACAUAUCUCUGUAUUUCUCACACAAUGCCAAUGGUUCACAAGGCUCGGAAGCUGACACGUAUUAUUACAACAUUAUAGUGUUUAACUAUUUAGGUUCCCGGCCCUUCUCUAAUCGAAUGGGGAAUUUGUUUUUUCUUGCCUUUUCUCCCACACUUCAGCUCAUUGAAGUGGUCUGGGUGUAGUGCCCCUGUCAGUUUAGCUCUGCAAGCGGACAUACUGCAGUUAUUAUUGAUAAGCCGCAAUAAUUACACCUCUUAAUUAACUCCAUCUCUAGUGGCAUUCUACCAGACAGCCACUGGAGGCACUUCAGGGUCGUUGGGCGAUUUUUGGUCGCCUAACUGAUGCUGGACGUCCUCACGCUUUGCAUGAGGACAUCCAGCGUCAGCAAAAACCCCAUAGGAAAUCAUUGAUUUAAUGUUUUACUAUGGGGUAGUCCUCAUGCGAGUGCGGCACUCACCGCGCAUGCUUGUUAGGUCACCAACGCCGGCUGACGUCGGGGGACGAGGAGCAGAGACGACAUCGGGGUGAGUGGUGCAAACGAAACCCAUAGAAUAUGUCAAAUGUUAGGCCAAACAUAGCAGUCUUGGAGAAUUUUUCAAAUCGGCAAUUUCGGCCUAGCAUCAAAUUCUCUGUGAAUUCCUGACGAGAGUGAAUAACACGGAUAGGAGAGCGUUGUAGGACUUCCUUACAUUGCAAAGUAAUCAUUAUUCACUAUUAUUAUCACGGUACCAUUCAUUAAAAAUAUUGGUUAACAAAUUAUGAAUCAAAGGUCUCUAACACGUCUCAGAUUUAUCCUCCGCUCGAUUCUGGGUGAAAAUCUGCAUGGUUAUCACUAAAGUAUGAUUUGUUGGGAAUUCUGUUUUCAUUUUACAUUUUAGGCCAAAUUAGAUAACAAUGGAAAACCAUUUUGGGCUGUUUUGUUCUAAAAUGUGAAAUUCACUUUGAACAUCUGACAAUUAACACUUUAGUGAUAAAACCCAUGUAUUAUAUUAUCUGAAGGACUGUUUGCAACCCAUGAGUGGAGCUUCCUCGUUUAUAUUAUAUAUCAGUUAAAGUAUAAGCCAUUUAUUUACUGUUAUAGAGAUCUGUACAUUGUAUUACUCUAUGUGAAUGUGUAACGCAUCUUACAAUAUAUUUACUGCAUUUUCUUCACCCAAUAAAGCACGUUUUUGUUGGCAGCUU